AUCUGCAGGAGAGGCGGAGUUUAAGCGUUAGAGCUGUGGAGCUGGUCCUGCAAGUGAGGGAGAAGUGGUGGCUGAGUGAACAUCCUUAGAAGAGUAAGAGACUUGGAAAGCUAUAAUCUAGAGAAAUUUUCAGUUUCUGUUGCCCAGAACAAUGCUCAAAUUUCAAGAAACUGCAAAGCAGGUCACCGUUACCAGAUCUAAUUCUUCUUGCUCAGAUGCUCUGUUCGCAAGGAGAUACAUCAUUCGGAGGAAACUUGGCAAUGGGAGCUUUGGAAGUGUUUAUCUGGUUUCUGACAAGAAAGCAAAGCCAGGAGCAGAAUUCAAGGUUCUAAAGGAGAUCUCUAUUGGAAAUCUAAAGCCAAAUGAAACGGUUGAAGCAAAUCUAGAGGCACAACUGCUUUCCAAAUUAGACCAUCCAGCCAUUGUCAAAUUUUAUGCAAGUUUUGUGGAGCGAGAUAGUUUCUGCAUUAUCACUGAAUACUGCGAGGGUGGAGAUCUGGACUUUAAAAUACAAGAAUACAAAGAAUCUGGGAAGAUAUUCACUCAAAACCAAAUAAUGGAAUGGUUUAUACAGCUCUUACUUGGAGUCAACUAUAUGCAUGAAAGGCGAAUACUUCACAGAGAUUUGAAAGCAAAGAAUAUAUUUUUGAAAAAUAAUUUUCUUAAAAUUGGGGACUUUGGAGUUUCCUGUCUCCUSAUGGGUUCAUGUGACCUUGCGACUACAUUUACUGGGACACCGUACUACAUGAGCCCAGAGGCAUUGAAGCACCAGGGCUAUAACACAAAAUCUGACAUUUGGUCUCUGGGAUGCAUUUUAUAUGAGAUGUGCUGUAUGAACCAUGCAUUUGGUGGCCACAAUUUUUUGUCCGUGGUGUUAAAAAUUGUAGAAGGUGACACACCUUCUCUUCCUGAUAGAUAUCCGAUGAAACUGAAUGCUGUGCUGAGCAGUAUGCUAAGUAAGAAUCCUUCCAUGAGACCAGCAGCAGCAGAGAUUCUAAAAAUCCCUUAUAUUGCUGAAGAGCUGAAGAAUAUGCAAUAUAAAUUCAAACAUAUGGCUGAGGAAAAUGAAACAUUUCACUGGCAGAAAGAAGCUGCUCACAUUGUUGAUGCUGUGCAGAGGAAAGUCCAUUUGCAGACUCUGCGGGAGCGCUCGGAAGUGCAGAGGAUGACGCCGCGGGAACGAAUGCGGCUGAGGAAGUUAAACGCUGCGGACGAGAAAGGCAGGAAGCUGAAGCAAUUGGCAGAAGAAAAAUACCAAGAAAAUAUCAAGAGAAUGCAAGAGUUCAGGUCCCGUAAUUUCCAGCAGCUGAAUGUCAACGUCCUACAUGUAUCUGAUGAACAGGCUUCAACCCCCCUAAUUCAUUCUCAGCCAGUCAUUACACGGGACUGUGUGUCCACAGGACAUGAUGAAUCGCAUGGAAAUGAGACAUCAAGUUGGCUCCGUGUGUCUGAACCUAUGGAGCGUGGGAUCCCUGAGGACCCACAUAUUGCAGAAGAAUAUUAUAAUGAUGAGUUUGAAUCCUGCUCAGAAAGCAGUGAAGAGGAGGAGGAGGAGGAUGUGGAAGUGUCGCAGACAGUCUCUAAGAUGAAUCAACAGGACAGUGAUACUGAGGCAAUGGUUGAGUAUUUGGAGAGUGUGCUGAACAAUAGCUCAUUGGGCUCUGGGACCGUCACCAGAAUGGCUCCUGAAGUGCCCCAGGGAUUGAGGGCUCUCAACAGCACUAUGGCUGGGACCAAACUGAAACGCAUGAGGGAAUCUGCCAUUCAGAAGCUGGGAGAGGAAGUGUUUGAGAAAGUGUACGUGUACCUCAAGCAAGCAAGACAGCAGAAUGCCAGAGAGGACGAGGUGAGGAGGAGUCUGGAGAAAGUGGUCCCUAGGGCAAGUGACUGCUUCGAGGUGGAUCAGCUUCUCUACUUUGAGGAACAGCUACAGGCUUCAGAUGCAUGUCUCCAGUCAUCAAACGUAUGUCAAUAACUUGCAGCACUGAAAAACUAAGUGAAAUUGCUGAGCAACCUUCCUCAGGUCAACAUGAAUUGCCAUUGAGGAUAACAGUAGUACCUAGGUGUGUGAGUAAACACUGAUAUUCCCCGCUGUGUAGUGAGAGGUGGGCAAAUACUUUAAAGGUUACCAGCACAAAGUUGUAGAUACUUGCAAAAGCAGAGGAGAGAUUUCACUGUUAUCAGCAUCCCUUUUCCAUGACCUAGGGCUUAAAGGAAGAUACUCUUUCAGGUCUUGGUCAGGCUUCAGUGCUGCACUCUGAGAAGUCCUUGGUAAAGUUGCCUCUGACAGAAAUGGUGCAGGAUUUGGAGCCAAGUGCUCUUGAUUCUUGCAGUAACAGCAGUUGAUUGUUACGACGUUCAAGCACGUAUUUUUUGUGUCACUUUGGCAGAAUUAUCCUUGAACAUAAAUAUGUAGGUUUGACUACUCAGUCAGAAUUGUGUUGCUGUUACUGAUUGUCAAAGGGUUACAUUUAUUCUGCGUGACUUUCAAGGGAAAUGUGAAAAUAUGUACAUACUGCACAGAACUAUGUAUGUAUAUGCAUAGAGAGAAAUGUUAGGCCGUAUCUCUAUSUGUGUAUGUGUAUAUAGAAAGCUGUAAUGCCUGAACUAUCACUGACURUGGUAAAUGGGAAUACUUGUAACUUCUGACAGUUCUACAUUAAAUUUAGUUGAACUAAUAAACUGAUUUUCUGGCUUGUGCACAGAUAUUGUUAAUGUUUUAUCCCAUMUUUAAGCUCACCUCUUGUUAUUCAUCAUACUUUUUCAGAUUUCAACUAU